CUGGCUAUCAGUCUGGACUGCUGCUGGCGGGUGACAGGACUUCGGUGGCAGCUAUUUCCUCUCGUUCUAUCGCAAUUAUAAGAAACAUUACAUCUCCAAUGAUGCUCGGAUGGUUGUGCUUCAUGAUUGCGGCCCUGCAUGUUGGAAAUGUGCAAGCCAUGACACCGGGCAGCAGUUCUUCUUCAGAGUGUUGGACUCAGUGGUUUGACCGUGACAACCCUAGUGGGAAAGGGGACUUUGAGAUUCUAAGUAAGCUGCGCCGUGAACACCCAACAAGCAUCUGUCAAGUGCCACUCCAAAUUGACGUUGAGACAACAUCUGGAGGCAGUGGGUCUUCAACGGGCGAUAAGAUCCAUAUAUCGGACAUAACCACAGGAUUCAUCUGUAAAAAUGCACAACAGAAAAAAGGCCGGUGCUCGGAUUACCGUGUUCGAUUUAAGUGCCCCCUCAAGUUCUGCCCUCCAGUGAUUACAGAGUGUUGGACUCCAUGGUUCGAUCGAGAUGACCCAUCUGGAACUGGAGACUAUGAGACUCUUGCUCAUCUUUCCAAUCAGUAUAAAAAGCAGAUCUGUGAUCAUCCCAUUCACAUUGAGGUCCAAACAAGAUCUGGGGAAAGUCUGACUUCAACGGGGGAUGUGAUUUAUGCAGCUGAUUCUACCACUGGAUUUAUCUGUAAAAAUUCCGACCAGAAGAAAGGAAUGUGUUCGGAUUACCGUGUACGGUUCCUGUGUCCUCUUGAUCACUGCCACCCAAAAGUGUGCUUCACCAAAUGGUUUAAUCGUGACCGUCCAAGUGGCAAAGGGGACUUUGAGAUCCUGAGCAAACUUUGGCCAAAGUAUCCACAUGUCCUCUGCAAGCGGCCUAUCACCUUAGAAGUGGUCACUGCUAAGGAAGAAAAGCUAUUUGCCUUAAGCGGACAGAUAGCUUACAGAUAUGACACUACUGAAGGCUUUAUCUGUCGCAACAAAGACCAACAUGGUGGACCUUGCCAUGACUACAAAGUACGCUUUGGAUGCCCGUGCAAAUGAAAUAUCACAAACCUCCUGAACACUUAAGAAAUGUUUCUCUUUAAAAAUGUAAACUCCAGUUGUAGGAAAAGUAAACUUUGUGAAACACAA